CUCCCCUCCCCUCACAGACAGUGUCACUGAUUGUGUGAUUCGUUCAAAAUUUUUAUCACAAAACAACUUAACAUUAAAUAAAUUAAAACUAAAAUGUAUUUUAAAUAAUAAAUUGUGAAUUAUUUUAACCAUAAUUUAAGUCAAAACCGAGUUUUUAAUUGAGUUUUUUAUUUGUUAUUUAAUUUUGUUGUUUUGCGAAAUCAGUUGUUUUGCUAAUUGUAUUGAUUGUGAAGUAAAUGCAGAUAACUAAAUGUCACGUCUGGGACAUCGAGACCGGGAACGAGACAAAUAUGAACCGCCAAACCCACGGAGAACUCAUUCAAUUAUGUCACCCGAAGACGUCCAGAACGGCAAGAAGUCCUAUUGGCCCGAACUCGAGAUCACCGGUGAGUCCAUCCUUGUGGUCGAUCCGAAACCUGAGUCCGCAGUUGUGGGCAAUGACUCACUUGACGUCAUUGUAUUUGAAUGACAACAGUCUGAGUCGUAUCCCUCAAGACAUCGCACGCCUCACAUCACUCAUGCAUUUGGAUCUGUCGUGUAAUAAACUCCGGAGUCUUCCCGCAGAACUCGGAGACCUAAUAAUGUUGAGGGAACUCCUGCUGAACAACAACUACUUGCGAUGCCUUCCUUACGAAUUAGGAAAACUCUUUCAAAUUCAGACAUUAGGACUGAAAGGCAAUCCAUUGACACAAGAAUUGUUAGUCAUUUACAACGAACCGAAUGGCACUCAACGACUACUAUCUUAUCUGUUGGACAAUCUCGUCGUGGGAAAGGCAACCGUUGAAACCGGAACAGUAUUCUCAUAUACGGGACAGACAGGCAGCCAACGCAUCUCAGCCUCGUUUUGUUUGGUCACUUAA